UUGUACUUCCUCGGGGGUUAGUGUGUUGUGUGUGCUGUGUAUUCCCUCAAACCAUGGCUCUUAACUAUCAGACGUCGACCCUUUCGAUGACUUUGCCGAUUUCGUGCCAGAUAUGUCUCGGCAAGGUCAGGCAGCCGGUAAUUUGUGCAAACCACCACGUGUUCUGUUCAUCCUGCAUGGAAAUGUGGUUAAAGAAAGCUAGCCAGUGUCCCACCUGCAGAGUCCCCAUCACAGCAGAGAACCCCUGCAGAGAAAUCAUCGGAGGUACCAAUGAGAGUGAUCACAUUGAAAGCCCUUCCAUGCGGAAGUGUCUCAGAAAAACCAGAGGAGAACUGCUUUUACGGGAAUAUGAGGAAGAAAUUGAAAGGCUCAUCAGAGAAAAUGAAGAGCUGAAAACAAAAGAUCAGAGUCUGGAGGCACAACUGAAGACUGCUUUGGAUCCCUGCAGCAUUAGCACGGCGCAAACAAGUGACCAAAGAGUUGAUCCCUAUGUCCUGGAAGAAUGGACAAACAAGCUGCGAGCUGCCACAGAUGCUUGUAAUAAAGUAAAGCAGGACAUGGAUAAGCUAAAGGAGGCAAAUAAGGCAUUACGAUCUCAAAAUGUCGACCUUGUACAAGAGAACAUGAGAUUGAAAGCAGAGGUGGCGAGCAGAUCUCCUCAGAAGUUUGGUCGCUAUACUGUGGCAGCACUGGAAGCUAAAAUCCAGCAGUAUGAGCGUGAUGUGGACCACUUGAAGAGGGCACUGGAGCGCAGUGACCAGUACAUUGAAGACCUGGAGUCUCGGGUCAGAAAGACUGAGAAGAGACGUCCUGAAGUGCAGGGAGUAUGUGGGAGUAGCAAGGCUGGGCCAGAAGCUCUCACACAGCAACAGAAAAUCAACAUGAUGAUGCGAAGCUUGAGUGACAAUGAGAGGGAGUCAAUCUGUAGCCGUCCAGAGGCAGAAUGUCGAACAUUUUCUAGAAAUCACAGUUUAAUAUUCAUGCCAUCUGCAGAUCACAAAGAGUUUAAUAAGAAUCUGAGUGAAGAACAGAAAAACAAGGACUUGGAAAGCAGCUCCUCUGACUUUUUGCCCACCACUCCGUCCUCUGCUUUCCGUUCCCUGACUCUGAGAAGCCCUGGCAUCCGUGAAAAGAGGGUUGCUUUUAAACCUGGGUCUUAUCUGAGGAGGCUUGAUUUUGAAGAUUUUCCAAGUCCUGGCAAGAGUAACUGCACCAUGGAGAACCAGUUCAGCAGCCUUGACAAAUUCCCCAAAGGCCUGCCUCCAAAUACUGACAUGGAACCCUCAAAGUCUGUCUUUUGGGGUGGUUGGCAGAGAUCUAAUGCUAAUGACGAGCCAUGCCCAGGUCCAAGCAAAGAAAGCUCUGUUAAAGGAGCCACAUCCACUGAUCUUGUCGGUGAUGAACCUGAUCGUUUCCAGAUGUCCAGCGAGGCCUCCAUGGAUGCAGCUUACCUGGACAAAAUCUCAGAGUUGGACUCCAUGAUGCUGGAUGGAGAGAGUUCCAGUAGCCGGGGAUCACAGGUCUCCCUGGCCUCCUCCCCUCUCACAGACUUGGACAACACUCUUGUCCCAGAACCACAAACCUUUCCUGAUGUCUUGCCAAGCCAUAUUGGCAAACCUGUGAUAGAACCUGACCAGAAGAACCAGCCACCACGAGACGACACGGAUGGCACCUUGAAUGACAGAGUGGCUCCAAAAGGCUCUGCAGACGAAAGUUUUCCUUUGCUGGUGUCAGGUAGGGAGAGCAGUGCCAAUGUUUCUGGUUGUGCAGGGGGUGAAGGCCCUUCUCAGACUGAAGAACUGUCUUUUGAUUUGCUGUUUGAUCCGCUGGAAGAGAAUAAGGCUGGUCCCUCUGGCUCUCUCAGUCCAGCAAGCAGUGACCAUGAUCAUGCAAACCUGUCCUCCUCCAGCUGCACUGAAAAACCUGUGAACACAACAAGAGACAGACACACACUCAACAUGAGCCAGCCAACAAAGAGAAAGUCUCACAGUCCCUUUAACACAAGCAGUCCCACAAAACUUUCAAAGCUCAUGUGAAGGUUUUACAAACUGGACCUGUGUGUUCACACUGUGACGUGACACUUAGUGUCUAUUCAUAAUAAAAUCUGUGAUUGUGAGGCUCAAGUGUAACUUAUUUGUCAUUCUGUCUGUCAGAUAGUUAUUUGUGUAGUCUAUUUGUAGGUCUUGGUGGCUGUGAAAGAGCUUUUAAGGCCAGUCUUGACAGUCUGAAAAUUUGUAGUGCAUCACUUUUGGUGCUGAGAUAUUUUCCAAACACACCUUUAGCACACAUUGUAUGUGUUGGUCAUUUCAAGCUAUUCAGGAAACAUGGGAAUCUUUUUAUGAUGACAUGCAAUAUCUGAAGACAGAUGAACAUGACUAUCAUGGAAAAACAAUGAUAUUUUGAAUUAACUAUUGCAAUGUAAGAGUGUGUUAGGAAAUAAAAUAGUAAUGCAAUGAGAAUGUAUUUUAUUUAUUUUCCUGCAUUUUCUGUGAUUUUCUGUAUGAUUCAGUUCACCUAAAAACUCAGUGACGAUUAGUCGUGGGGUGCCAUAGGCUAUAUUAGCCUAACAUUUUGUUUUUGUGGUGGAUUUUCCAUGUUUUGAUUUUUAGUUGAAGUGGGGAUUCAUAU